AGUAAGAACUCAAAGAAGAAAUUUCGAAAGCAAAGCUUUCACCAAGUGUUUGAAGUCACCUGUGAUUUGAUUGACAAAGGAUCGCCUGGAAGGUAAAUUUCUAGGGUUUCUCGAUGGCGGAGUUUUUGGCGCUUCGAUGCCACGCGUGCAAAAUGUUCCAGGUGAAGCCACGGAAGAAAUCCAGCAACAAAUGGUGUUGUAGCGUUUGCAAUGAGGUCCCCGCUUUGUAGAGCUUCGGGAGAUGAGACUCCUGCGCAGAGAGAAAGCCGAUUCUCUGCGUGACACCUGUAUGCGAUCUAUCAACGAGAGUAGAAGCCGAUUGGAGCCUUCGCCCCCACAAAAGAAGUGCAGGUUAGAAGCGUCGUCGCUCUACGGGAGCUCCCAAAAACCCUAAUUCAUUGAAGAGAGACCAAGGGGAAAGAAAUGUAUCGCAUCGCAGGCGUUUCCCGCAUGAUCCGGAAGCGGCAGCGCCGAGAGUCUCCGCCAAAGCUCUUUUCUUCCCGAGCGCACUUGCCCAUGGGCACGCACUUGCCACGGGCACGCACUUGCCCACGGCGGCAACUGCUGGCAAAGAGAUUUCAAAGAAGCGAAUGGAAGACGAGAAGACGUGGGUGUGGAACUGCGUCAUCAGAGACUACGGCAUGCUUGGCCGAGUCGAGUGCACUCGAGAGGCAUUUCUGCAGUGUCCAGCUAGGAACUUCCUGAGCUGGAAGCUCCUUGCGGACGCAUAUGCCCACAAGGGGCAUUACUGGAAAGUACUAGAGAUUGAAGACAAGAUCCCGGCUGUGAUGUAUCAGCUUGCUCCGCCUCCUCCUUCUUCAGCAUCCAUCUUUGAUGCUGUUUCUCUGUACCAGAAAGGCAAGAGGUGGGCAGCAUGGGAACUUCUUCAAUGAGGAAAAUGGAAGGAAGCUUCUUUUUUUGGCAUUGGGCAAAUACAAGACAGUUUCUAUGCUUCUUGUGUUCACUUCCCUCUUGACUUAUGGCAAUGUCCAGCUUUUCAAGCUAAUUCGGACCAUGAUAGAAGGAUCUUCACUGACUGAAGAAAGCCUCAUCCAUCUAGCAUGCUGCCAGGGCACUUGAGGUGUUUCAGGCGUUCCAGUGGAAGCUACGCGAGCUGCGAAGGAACUAGCCACUGAGGGCGUUCCAGUGGAAGCUCCGCGAGCUGCGAAGGAACCAGUCACUUAGGGCGUCGCAGUCACUCAGGGUGUUCCAAUGGAACCAGCCACUCAGGGCGGUCCAAUGGAAGCGCGAGCUGCGCGUGAGCGUCUCGAGGCUUUGUACAUCAAGGCCUCAUUCUGUGUGUUUGGCGAGGAUAUGCGGCUAAAGCUGAAGGCUCUGAAGACGCUCAGAGCAAUGCGAAUUGCUGGGGCUCACUGUGGGGACUUACUGCUGGAACAAGGAAAUAGCCCAGCAGAUAACUACGCAAAGACACUGGCAAUCCAUGCCAUAUUAGAGGCGGAGCAGCUGAUGGCUCUUGGUAACGUGCCUAAAGAGUGCCGGCCAUUCGUGAACGCUCUCAAGAGUGUCCUUGCAAAGCUGAGAGACGACGGUGUCACGCUACGACCCGGGGCUUGUGAAUGUACAGUUUUUUACCAAGAGACGACAACGUUAUAGUAGGAUUUUAACUCUUCUAUGAUGCUAUGAUGGCUGAGCAUGGUGUCAGUGCCUCUAGCCUACGUUGUAAGUUUUGCGAAACAGGCAGCGCUGACACCAGCUCAGGUGCAUGCGUGGUUAUUAUCGUCUGGACAAGUCUAGCUUUGGGCCGGUCUCACUGUGCCUCUCCAGUUCCCGGCACGGCACUCGUAUGGCAUCAAUGAGCUCGCGUUUCUGACCGGAACAUGUCCUGAGAGAUAUCAAUGUUUUGGUUACGAAAGCUGGGCUGCCACUGCCGGAGGAGAGCUUCAGCGCGGUCACUCCGGAGGGACUUGCCAGCGUUGAAGGGGCCUUACCUGGAAAUGCGUUGCUCAGGGCUGGAGUGAUCGGGCUCUCUGUUCAAGGCAGUCCUUGAGAUUUGGAAACAUCUUUUGGCGUCCUCCAGGAGUUGUGUCGUCGAGCUUCGAACAUACGGUGUUCGUGGCAUCUUCACCUCCUCGAGCUCGAUAUCUAGAUGAGGGGCAGCCGUGCGUGGAAGUCCUCAGCGCUGGGAACUCCAAGGAGGCAUGAGCGUGGCGGAAGUGGAACGGAUCUAGCACGAUUGGUGUGUGCAGGGAGCACUCUUUUUCCUUUUCUCUGUUUUGUUCCGGUGCUCCUUACUAUAAUAUAUCUAACGCUUGAAACUAACCAAAACCAAACUAGACCUCA